AUGGCAAGUGAAAAUAGUGAAAAUAAAAACACUUUCACUAAUUUACCAACAUCAAAAUCCACCUCUUCUUUGACUCAAGAUUUAGCCACAGUAACAACAACCAACACCUCUUCUUCGACUCGAGAUUCAACCACCUCCAAUUACAGUUCUUUAGAGAAUACUCCUUUAAGCAAAAAACAACCACCCAGGCCCGUUCCAAAUAUAAAGGUUGAUACUAGUGAAUCAAUAAUUGAUCAGGAAAUUAACAGUGGAACUUCGCCUACUCUUUUAUCCGUAAAGCUUGCAAACUCAUCACAACCUAGUCCUUCUUCGACAACUUCAACCAAGCAGGGAGAAGAACUAGAAGAUACUAAGAAGACAAAUAUGCAAAGGCAAUUAGCCGAAAAACCUGAUCAUAAUGACACAAUAAUAAGAGAAGAACGAGAAGAGAAAACAGAAGUUUAUGUUGAAAAUCCUUUUUCGUUCAAUCCAAAAAUUCUCAGUCGAUUGAUUGAUCCAAAAAAUAUAAUUUUAUUGAAAAAACUUGGUGGUAUCAAAGGUUUAUUAAAAGGUUUACAUACUGAUCCUGACUUUGGUCUAAGCAAUGAUGAAAAAGCCCCGCUACCACCUAGAAAAAUUGAUAACAUUUCAAGUAGAGACGAUGUCGGUGACGAUGAUCUAUUGAAUUUUGAGAAUAAACCAAAAGAUGAUAUUGAAGAUGCAGCCAAAAAACCUAAAAAGAAAAGGCAAUCAAAAAAAGCGAAAAAGGCAGCGUUAGCUAAUGCUGAAUUAACAAAGGACGGGGCUCCAUUUUCGCAGCGAAAACGUGUUUUUGGUGUUAAUGUAUUACCAACGAAAAAGACUAAAAAUAUAUUUGAAUUAAUGUGGAUUGCAAUGCAAGAUAAAAUACUGAUAAUCUUAACUUUUGCCGCAUUCCUAUCAUUAGGGCUAGGGCUAUACGAAGACUUUGGUCCCAAUUCAAACAAGAAAGCUGAUGAACCGAAAAUAAAAUGGGUGGAAGGCGUUGCUAUUAUAAUUGCUAUCUUGAUAGUAGUAAUGGUUGGCAGUAUAAAUGACUGGCAAAAAGAAAAACAAUUUCAACGCUUAAAUGCAAAAAAAGAAGAUCGUAAUCUCAAAGUGACACGUGAUGGAAAGGAAGCCCUUAUCUCGGUACAUGAUGUUUUAGUUGGUGAUAUUUUACAUAUAGAACCAGGUGAUAUUAUUGCAGUAGAUGGGGUCCUUAUAUCUGGUCAUAAUUUGCGUUGCGAUGAAUCAGCUGCGACGGGCGAAAGUGACGCAGUAAGAAAAUCGAGAUAUGAAGAAUGUCUAAAUUUAUCUGAUCAAGAAUCUACAAGUGAUGCAGCACAUCACUCGAAAGCCGAUCCUUUUCUAAUAAGUGGUAGUAAAGUGUUGGAAGGAGUUGGAACAUAUGUCGUAACUGCUGUCGGAGAAAAUUCAUUCUAUGGACGAAUCUUAAUGGCUCUAAGAACUGAUGCGGGCGAUACACCACUUCAAGAAAAAUUAAAUGGUUUAGCAGAAAGAAUUGCAAAAUUGGGAGGCGCUGCUGCUUUACUGAUGCUUAUAGUGUUAUUAAUCAAAUACUUUGUGAAUUUCCGAAAUGGUGUACCACCAGCAACUAAAGCUGUCGAGGAUUUAGUUAGAAUUAUUAUUUCAACAGUGACUGUGGUAGUCGUGGCAGUACCCGAAGGCUUGCCUUUGGCAGUAACUCUAGCUCUCGCAUAUGCUACAACGCGUAUGUUGAAGGAUAACAAUCUUGUGCGCGUUCUAUCUGCAUGUGAAACGAUGGGAAAUGCAAACACCAUUUGUUCCGACAAAACAGGAACACUUACACAAAAUAAGAUGUCAGUUGUCGCCGGUACUAUUGGAAUUUCGACUGCGUUCGUCAGAGAUUACGAAGCAUAUCAAGAAAACUCUAAACGAUUCUCACAGAAAAGUGUCACUGAAAAUAUCAAUAAUCCCAUUCCAAUGACUGAUCUAAUAGGAACACUUUCGCCUGGCUUAAUCAAUAUAUUAAAGCAAUCAAUUGCAAUCAAUUCAACUGCUUUUGAAAGUAUGGGUGAUGAUGGUAAACUAACAUUUAUUGGAUCAAAAACCGAGACAGCUUUAUUGAGUUUUCUUAUAGAUUUGGGUCUAAAUGACUAUAAAGAAUUAAGAAGUGACGCUACGAUAAUGCAAGUCUUUCCGUUCAGUUCAGAUCGAAAAUCGAUGGGUGUAGUUGUUAAGAUAUCAGAUUCAAAAUAUAGAUUUUAUGUGAAAGGAGCUAGCGAAGUAUUAGUCAGAAAAGCAGAAUCCAUAAUAGUUGCGGAUCCCACAAAUAACACAGAAUUAUCGACUAUGAAAUUAUUACCUGAACAUUUAAAUAUUAUUCAACGUGUGAUUGUAAAAUAUGCAAGUCAAACAUUAAGAACAAUAGCAUUAGGCUAUCAGGAGUUUGAAGAAUGGCCUCCAAGAGGAAUGAAGGCUAAUGAAGAAGGUGUGUCUUUUGAAGAAUUAGUAGAUAAAAUUAUACUUUUGGCAAUUGUUGGUAUUGAAGAUCCGCUCAGAGAUGGUGUUCGUGAGUCUGUUCAGAAAUGUCAAAAAGCUGGAGUGUCGAUAGUAAUGGUCACAGGUGACAAUGUUCUAACGGCUAAAUCGAUUGCAACGCAAUGUGGCAUAUAUAAUCCAGGAGAUACAGUAAUGGAAGGACCACAAUUUCGUAAUUUACCACCACAAGAAAUGGACAAAAGGAUUCCAAGGCUUACAGUGCUUGCCAGAUCAAGUCCUGAGGAUAAAAGAAUUCUCGUCGCAAAGCUAAAAGAACUCGGUCGUAUUGUAGCAGUAACUGGGGAUGGUACUAAUGAUGGCCCUGCAUUAAAAACUGCAGAUGUAGGAUUCUCGAUGGGUAUUGCCGGUACAGAAGUCGCCAAAGAAGCUUCCUCAAUUAUUUUAAUGGAUGAUAAUUUCUCGAGUAUUGUGAAGGCUAUUAUGUGGGGCAGAAGUGUAAAUGAUUCGGUGAAAAAGUUUUUGCAAUUUCAAUUGACGGUAAACGUCACCGCAGUUCUCUUGACUUUUAUUUCGGCUGUUUCGAGCGGAGAGGAAAGUUCAGUACUAUCGGCGGUGCAACUCUUAUGGGUAAAUCUUAUUAUGGACACUUUAGCUGCUUUAGCACUUGCCACUGAUCCACCAACAGAAGAACUAUUAAAUCGUGAUCCAGAACCUCGUAAUGCUCCGUUGAUAUCCCAUGACAUGUGGAAAAUGAUCAUUGGUCAAAGCGUUUUCCAAUUAGUGAUCACCCUAAUCUUAUUAUAUGCUGGAAAUGACAUUUUGAAUUAUGAUACUGAUGAGGAACAGGAGGGAAUGAAAACUUUGAUCUUUAAUACAUUUGUAUACUUGCAAAUAUUUAAUGAAAUCAAUUGUCGCCGGCUUGAUAAUAAGUUGAAUAUAUUUAAAAAUAUUUUCGCCAACAGAUUUUUCAUGGUAAUUUUCGUAAUCAUAUGUGUUGGACAAAUUCUAAUAGUGCAAUUGGGUGGUGCUGCUUUCCAAGUAAAUCCAUUGGAUGGAAUUCAAUGGGCAAUCUCUAUUGGUCUUGGUUUUCUAUCAAUACCCGUUGGUAUAAUUAUUCGGUUAAUACCCGUUCCGUCAUUUAGCUCUAAACAACAACAACAACUUCAAGCUUCAAACUCGACAUAUGCCUCAUCUGUCGGAAGAACGACACAGACCGGUGAACCUUCAUGGAACAAAGCAAUCACAGACGUACAAAACGAAUUAAUGUUCUUUAAAUCAUUACGUGGUGGUCGUCUUCGAGCAUCGUUGCAUUUCGACAAACGAGAUAAAAAUGAGUCACAUUCUGUAUUUGCCGCAGCAACUAUAGUACCUAGUAUAAUUGCCGGUUCAGUAGGUGGUAGAUGGACAACCGCGAAUCGUAUAUCUAGACCAGCAAGUAAUAACCCAAGCGCUAGUCAACUAGACUUAAGUUCUACAUGGUUUCCGUCCACAUCAACGGAGGGAGCAGGAAUUCAAAAUGGAAUGAAUGAAAGCACACAAUUACCUAUAAAUUCUGAGCCACGUCGAAUAGAAGGGUGA